CAACACGGUGACAUGCCUGAUGAGAGCAUGGAAUUCAUAAACAAAUGUGGUGUUUGCGAUGCUUGCUUUGAUGAGCGCAGUCUACAAACGCACAUUUGUUGAAAUUAAUCGGGAAAAAUUAAACGAAAAGGUUACGCGAGACAAAGGAGAUGGAGGAUUGGAAUGAGUUUCACAUGUGUGACGCAGAAGUCCAGAGAUGGACGACAUAGACGCCAUGUUCACUCACCUGCUCGGAGAGAUGGAUCAUCUCUCUCAGAGUCUGAAGACUGAAGGUGACUCACCAGAAGCGGAUUCUGCCGCCCAGACAGAACAAACCUUCUCCAUUGGCUUCAACGACCUGAAUGAGUCUCUUAAUGAACUAGAAGACAAUGAUCUGGAUGCUCUAAUGGCUGACCUGGAAUCAAAGUCAGCCGCGCAGGAACCCCUUACUUCUGAACCAAACAUCGGCGGUACAAAUGAUCAAACUGCACCACCCGCAACGACUCAGAAACAUGAGCCAGCCACUGCCCUUCCUCCCCCACCAGGCACAGAUGUAUCCUGCGGGGACAUGCAAACGAGAGAACCCCAAACAAAAGCAGAGAAAAUAAAACUAGCUCUAGAGAAGCUGAAAGAAGCCAAAAUGAGGAAGUUGAUUGUGAAGGUGCUCAUGAGUGACGGCAGCUCCAAGACGCUGAUGGUGGAUGAGAGGCAAUCGGUGCGAGAGGUCUUGGAUAAACUGUUUGAGAAGACGCACUGUGACUGCAGCACUGUCUGGAGUCUGUGUGAGACCAACCCCGAACUGCUGAUUGAAAGAACCUUUGAGGAUCAUGAAUAUUUGGUGGAACCGCUGUCUACUUGGACUCGGCACAGUGAAAACAAAAUCUACUUUUUGCCAAGACCACAAAAGUAUGUGAUGUUCACAGACCCUCAGAUAUUUUACAUGUGGAAAAAGGAUAAGGCAGCAUUGAGUGCGAUUAACCAGCAGGCUAAAGAUAUCCUUGUCAAGGAGAAUUUCGGGGGUUCGACUUUGAUCGUUCCCGACCUAGAGGGCACACUUUACCUCAAAGAAGAUGGGAAGAAGGUUUGGAAACCGCGCUACUUUGUGCUCAGGGCUUCGGGCAUCUACUAUGUGCCCAAAGGAAAAACAAAGUCUUCCACUGAUCUCGCCUGCUUUGUCCAUUUUGAAAAAAUCAACAUCUAUAUGACCAAGAACUACAAACAGAAGUACAGAGCUCCCACCAACUUCUGCUUCAUGCUAAAGCACCCAUGCAUCCAGAAAGACUCUCCCUACAUCAAAUUACUUUGCUGUGAUGACGAAAAAACACUGGUGCUUUGGGUCAACUCCAUCAGAAUAGCCAAGUAUGGAACUGCCCUGUAUAAAAACUACCAGGCAGCGAUGAAGAGAGCUUCUCCUACGAAAAUCCUUCAGUCUGCUGCACAUAAAGAAAAAUCCAGUGGUCACACCCCUCAGCCGAGUCUAUCAGCACCCAAAACCGCAAAACACACUGAAGACUACGAAUAUGAGCCACCACCUGACUUCAUCCCUCCUCCCCCUCCAGAACGUACAUCCCUUUGAGACUUUGUGUACAUCGCAAAUUAAUCUCAGACAGCCUCGAUUUAGCCAGUUUCUCCUAAAAUGAGGCUGCAGUUACACAUAAACACAUAGCAGUGGUAAGAUAUAAGCGCAUGUUUUGAAAGUUAUUUAUUCACAAAUCUAUAUUUAUUUGUGGUUUUUAUUUGGGGGCACAAACAUACAGUAGACAGCAUGUUUACAGUAUGCUGCAGAUUGUUUCCAUCUUUUGAGACAGCUCAUUGGCACAAAACUCACAGUGCUGUCAUUUGUUUCAUCGAGCUGUUUAUUACAAAAAAGGCUGUACAUAAAUUUCAAUGAACACAUCCUAUGUACAAACUGAGAGGAGAAGACAAAUAUCGGAUUCUGCUCCAAUGAACAUUAAAGUUUCGGAUGUUUUUUUGUUUGUUUUUCUUUUCAUUUCCACAUAUGAUCAUAAGAAAACGCACAUCAAAGAAAGGCGCCUUGACCUGUGAUGCCCUGAAAUGCUAGAGACGUUAAGUGGUAAACAUUACAAAGUUUUGCACAUCGGUGGUUGUCUCAUGAUUACUCUAUGAAAAAAGUAAGUAUAAAUAAAUCAUUUACAUACAAACUGCUAGCGAAUCCUUCCUCAGCAGUCUCAGACAUAAAAAGAAGCUGAAUGCAGAGCUAGAAAUACAUCAGGUAGAAAAAGUCCUCACAAAACAAAAUGACCUCAUGAUGGAAUAAAUACAAUCAAGAAAGGGAUGUAGUGACGAAUCAUUCACUGUAAUGACGUUUAGAUACUUCCAUGCUUUAUGAAUACUGUCGAUAUGAAUGAGUCAUAUUCUGCCUAAAAACCUUGAAAAUCUUCCCUUUCAAAAUAAAAGUUCAAUGCCCCUAUUAUUCUAAAGUACACGUGAUUAUGUUCAUAUGACUUGUUACAAACAUAUUCUGAGACAGGCAUUAUAUUGAAUGAUAUUUGAGAGUGAGUUUGCACCAACAAUCACUCCGCCUUAUUUCGUUUAGGUAACCGUAACCUUUAGGUCUUAAAAGUUCGACAAAUCGGAACUUUUAAGACCUAAAGAUUGAGAUUCCUUCCUUCACUGCAGGUAGCAGGUGUCAUUCGUGUGUAGCACAGAAGUGACUCCACCUGAAGCACAUCACCAUCGCCGAGUCACCUACAUUCACUACAAACACAAAAGUGGCCGAGGAUUACAAUCAAAACGAUCGAUAACGAGACUAAAAGUCCUUUGUUACAUUUCUGUGUGGGAGGAGUCUUGGACUUGAGGUUGUUUGGGUUGGUGAUUAUGGUUAUUAAGCACCAAUGUAAAGCACCACACCAGCAACCACUGAAAGAACAAACAACGCCUAAAGGUUAGUCGAUACUUUGGAGAUGGCAACGCUUGUGUUUGUGAUAAAAGCCAUGAUGGAAAUAAAAGUCAUCACAGUUACCGCUAACUAAUCAGUGCACAAUGGAAACAACAUGAAAAAAACCCAAAAAAGCCACACGACUUAGUCCUUCCUCUGCUUCGCGUCACGAAGCAGCAAGCACGUGAGCGCUCUGCUACAGUAGCUGGACAGCAUCGACAAAUACAGUGACGGCGAUCAAGACGAUAUA